AUGAGGGUCUUGGCUGUCCUUGGAGGCUGGGCUUGGGCAGCCCUCUGCCUGGCUUCCUGCUCAGCUGCCUUUUCCCAUGGUGCCGGCUCAGGGGCCUGUGAGGACCUGCAGCCCAAACACAUUCAAGCCCAGCCUCAGGACCCAGGGACCUACCAUGUCACCAUUCACACUGGUAGAUCUUCCUACUCACCGGGUGACACGGUUCCAGUGACUGUGAGGAGCAGUCGAGAUUUCAUGGGAUUUCUACUUCAGGCUCGAAGAGUGUCUGAUCAUCAAAUAGCUGGCACUUUUGUUUUCAUGCCUCCUCAUUCCAAAGCAAUGGCUUGUUCUCAAGAGGCUGACACAGUCACCCACUCUGACAAGUCCCGGAAGAGAAACCUGUCCUUCGAGUGGAAGGCCCCUGUCCAGCCUGUGGGGGACAUCACAUUCCUUCUGUCAGUUGUCCAGUCAUAUUUCGUUUACUGGGAGAGGAUUGAAUCGUCUGCUGUGUCUCAACAGACACACCUUGGAGCCCACACUGACCAUCACGAGCAGCUCGGCUCACCCAUGCCAAGCUCUGGCUGGAGUCGGGAGGCAACCGAGAGCUCCACGCCAGCUCCUAGACCCCCCAGCGCUCUUCCUCAGCAACAUGCAAACAUCUUUGCCGUUGUUCCAACUGGAGCUGCAGAGGAUAACAGCUUAGAUCCCUUUCCUGCAAGUUUUUGGGUGACAGAGUUUCCUGGGGGUGGGGAGACUCUGUUCCAGUCAUCUUCACACACAGCUACUGCUGUCAGCAAUGGCCAGCAACCCAGAGGGGACAUCAACAGAAUCCUUGAGCCAUCCCUGGAUAUCCAUGGGCUGGAGAGACUCAUGGCUCUCAGGAGAUUCUUCUCAGAGGGCGUUGUUUCCAGUUCUAGCACCCAUCUCAGGACUCAGGAUGAUCCAAGCUUUGAUUCAUUGGAAACUUGCCUACCCUCAGAUAGAGAUGAACAGGACAAGAUGGAGUCCUCUAAUGGGACCAUGAUGAGGCCCCCUCUGUCUACUGCCCAUUUUACCUAUCCUCAGCACCUCUGGUUGUCUGAAGCACUUACUGGCAAUGGGGCUGGGGCAGCCACCCCAACCCCUGUCUUCCCCCGCUCUGCCACUUCCAGGUCACUUGCUGCUGGAGCCCAGUCAGAAACAUGGAGGCCUUCUCCCAGCUCCUUAACUCAGCCAAAGUGCAAAGAGCCCAGAGUGGGGGAGGAACAUGGUGGGGACAGAAUGGGAUACCCCAGGAAGACCAACCCAAGGCCUGAGGUUGGGCAAGAAGGAGCCAGUGCCCUUUCAGGGAUCCAGCUCAGGACUCCCCAGCUGGGAAUCCUGCUUUGCCUUUCCGCCACCUUGGGCAUGGCCCUGGCUGCUGGCCUCCGCUGCCUACACGACCAGUAUUGCCACAAACGGACAGAAGUGUCCUUCAGUGAGCCUGCAGGGGAUGCUGUUGCCAGGAGCGAUGGUGGUGAGACAGUGCAUGUCAGGAAGAUGAGGGAGAACAGUUUUGUUUUGGUUGAAGCGGACUACAACUGGACCACGUCCUCUGUGGGUAGCGAGAAAACAGUGCUCUGAGCAGACCGUCAUCCUAGGCCGCUGAGUGGCCCUCCUCAGACCCUGCAGUGUCUCAGCCACAACAGAGCUAAUGAGAAUAGCUGAUGAGGACAGGGAUUCGCUGUGCCCCCCACUCAGUGAGCAGUUAGUGGAGGAAGCUGGGAAAGGACAGUUUUAUCAACAGAGGGAGUUCUUCCCGAGCUUUGUUGUCUUAACAUCUGUAAUUUAGCUGCUUUUUUUCUAUUCACAAUUAGAUGUUCUGUUUGAAGAGUUAAACUCAACACAAUGAAUAUUGUAUAACCUGCUCAUUAACUAGACUCCUGUGGCCGCCAAGCUUCCUCUGUUGCCUUAAGGAACCUGCAGAAAUAGAAAUUCUGUCCCUCCUCAGUAUGUCAGCCUCAUCCCUUCUAACUCUUUGAAAAAAAGUAACGUUGAGGUUGUGUCUCUUACAAGAAAAAGAGCUGGAGCCCUCAGUUUACCUCUCCAAACCACCCCCAGAAGAAGUUUC